UGUGGUGCAGACAUUGUGUUCACCUUGUCAUCUUUAUAAACGCAAAGAUUCAUCCGCUACACUGCACGUUUGCGGACUUCUUGGAGCUAUCCCGCGCACAAAUACUUGUCCGCCGCGAUACAGGUAGGUAAGACUCUGACCGCUGCGGGUUCAUGUUGCGGCGUGGAAGGUAUGUAAUGAAUCCUGCGUCGCUGAUAUGUCAGCGCAAAGAACUUCGGCUUUGCGUGGUGUCUUUGUCGCGAAGCAGUAGGCAUCUUGGCGGCUUACAAAGAGCGGUUCUCGGCGAAUGUGAGGCAGCUUGAAGCUGACUGCAGUUACAUACAUAUCCUUUCCGAUGCCGCAUUGCGGACUAGUCUCCCGCCUUGCGGCCGUCUGUCCAAUGAGCAUGAACUCAGCGGAUGACAAAUGUGCGCUUACUAUACCUCGACUUCCGCACAAGACAGAAUCGACCUAAUAAACCUCCAAGAAAGAUACUGGGUAGCCAUACCCUUGGUAAUGUCGUUGCGAUCCGAGUCAAACGCUUGCACUGCCUGCGCAAGAGCAAAGCGGAAAUGCGGUCGACAGAUCCCAGCUUGCGCUCGAUGCGCGGACAAGCGCAAGUCGUGCAUCUAUCCGCCAUCAAAAAAGCAGACAGUUUCUUCCCUCUACACCAUCGAUAAUCUCAUGUGGGAUGUGGGAUUACCGUCCCUUGGCAGUAACAUCGACGCACCGGAGUCUCAAAUCCGGAUCCCCAGCGCAAUGAAGACCGAUUGGUUUCUUGCACCGGAGACGUGGACGAUAUCCCGCAGGUCGACAAAUUCAGACGAUGUACCAAUCGGCACAGCAGCAAUGAAGAAGUACGUGACGGUACUGCAGUCUUGGUUCAAAAGCUGGGUCACAACUGGUAGCAAUCCCUUUGUACACUCCUGCUUGUACGGUGUGAACUUCCCAACAUGCGUACAAGUCGCGUAUGCCACCCUAGCUAGUUAUGUGUAUCGGACGCCUGCGAAUACAGAAAUCGUCCUCCGCAUAGUGGAAGAUCGAUCGAACGACUUGUUACUGGAGAAUGGAGCCGUUUUAGAUCAAACUACUGCAGGGAAGUGGGUCGAUGUUGCAGGUCGUCAUGACGAUCUAUGGGGGCAACUGACACGUCUUCAUGCCCUUUUAGUCUACCAGAUGAUCGGUCUCUUCGAUGGUGACGUCCGCGCCCGUCAUGUCGCUGAAGGACAUAUGGCGAUACAGGAUAGCUGGGCUGGAAAACUCUUCUCCACUGCCAGAACCGCAUUGUCGAGCGAACAAGACAGCAUCGCUCAUCUCGCCAACUGCCUACCCAAGCUGUCUACUUACCUACAGCAACAGUGGUACUCGUGGAUACUGUCAGAAAGUAUCCGUCGCACCUGGCUCGUGGCCGUCAGUCUAUCGCCUGUCUUCUCGGUCCUCCAGCAGCGCUGGGGAACCUGUCCUGGUGGCAUCAUGUACACCAAUCGAAGUGGUCUUUGGGAUGCUACGAGCGCUGGGGAGUGGGAAAGACAGUGUUUGGAGAAGAAUGUGGCCUUCCUACAGCGCUUCGAGUGUGCGAGGCUUUUUCACUAUGCGAAACCAGCUGAUGUUGAUGAGUUUGGCAUCGCGAUGCUCGAGAUGACCUUCAGCGGGGAUUCAUUGGAGAACUGGAGGGAUAGAACUGGCGGCUUGUAG